AUGAAGCGCGCGAAGGACUCUGAGAGCGGCAUCGCGCCUCAGAAGAAGAUGACUACCAUCCGAAAGCUCAAGGAGUAUUUCCUCGACUUCAAGAUUGUGACGGGCGCUGCUAUGGCCAUUUGCAUGCUGUCUGCAGUUUUUGCGGUUACCAUCCUCGCGGCUCAUUGUGCUGGCCUAGAGAAAUUGUACCAGGGAGGUCUUGCUGUUGUGGCUGGAGAGGCUCUUCCCAAUGUCAACCAGAAGCUCGACCGUCGUGGUGUGGAUUGCAACGAAACCGAGCUGGCCAUGUCUGUUGCCUCUGCUCAGAUCGUCACCUACGUUCUUGACGAUGGCUCCCUCGCUGUUGUGACUCAGGAACCUCGAUCCAACCCAACGAUUUCUGUCACUAGCAUCCCCAUCUCGUGA